UGGGGACUAUAAGAGUGCGCGCCCAGCACCGGGCGGCACCCAUUCGCUCCAGCUCAGCGCGCAGAAUGGCUCGCUCCGUGGUCGUGGUCUUUCUGAUGCUUGGCUCCCUAGCUUGCUUGGAUGCCAUCCAGCGUCCCCCACAAGUGCAAGUGUACACAAGGCACCCGGCAGAGAACGGGAAAUCAAACUUCCUGAACUGCUACGUGUCGCAGUUUCAUCCGCCCCAAAUUGAAAUAGAACUGCUGAAGAAUGGCAAGAAGAUAGAGAACAUCGAGCUGUCGGAUCUGUCCUUCAACAAGGACUGGUCUUUCUAUCUCCUGGCUCACACUGAGUUCGUACCCAAUGCGAACGACAAAUAUGCCUGCAGAGUUACACACACCACUCUGAAAGAACCCAAAGUCGUCAACUGGGAUCGAGACAUGUAAUCAAGCAUCAUGGAGAUCAGAAGAUGCUUCAUUUUGACCAGUUUAAUUCUAAAGUAUUUCUCAGUUUUUAAUAUGCUGUAUAAUGUAUGCACACAGCGGAGAAUAAUAACGACACAUUAUCUUUACAACUUACUUUGAAUUCUGCAUGUUUUCCAAAAAAACUGAAGACUAACAUCUUAGAUAUCUGAAAUAUAAAGCAUCAAUGAAUAUUUUGAUCAGAAAUAAACCAUUUUGAUAAUUUUAAAGAAAAAAUCUGCUAGUAAAUAUAAUUGAAAACAAUAGUUGAUCAUAUAUCAAACCUUUUGUACAUCUUAUUAGUUGGAUGCAAUUAUUCAUCCUUGGUCUAUCACAACAUAAAUCAGUUUUUAAAAAUCUAAGAAAUCUGAGAUGUUUUCCUUUUGGUAAACACACAGACCUGACUGAAGUCUGCCAUUGUGUUUAGCCAUCCUCUCCCCCAACCCCAUGGGUUACUUCCUCUUUAUUAUUUUUACUCGAAAAUAAAAGAGAGAGAAGAAAAAAAGGACGUUUGCUAGACAUUGUUAGAGUGUUACGUGGAGUGGUUUCUAGGUAACCCUAAAUGUCUGCUGGGUGCAUGUGGCUUUAUAUCCCCUGGAGAGCCAGUGAGUGUCUGAAGAGGGUCUCGCAGAAGCAGGUCCUGAACUUGGGGUCUAGAGGAAUAUAACUAAGAAAGGGCUCCAAAGCAAACCAAUAGGAGAGGUUGGUGACAGGGACCAGGAAGAAACUGAGGGGAGUAGGGAGUUCAGAAGUGCUGCUCUAAAGCGAAAUCCACACCUUAAAGUUUGUCUUGGCAAUGUGGACUAGCCUUUACUGGUUCUACAGGGCUACGUGAUAGGAUGAAAGCCCAGAUACCUUGGUGUGCAGGUACUGGCAUGCAGAAACCGAAGACUGGCUCUUACUGCCGGAUGUGGGCGGGGCAUCAGUGGCUACUGGUUUCCUGUGAAAUUCUGUUGGGCCUUCAGCACACUCAGUCUGAAAGUCACACUACCAGUUCAGUUUCUAAGGGCUAAUGUCAAAGUGGGAAGGCUAAUCAAUUUAGAACGAAGUUUGAAUCCUAAUACAACAAAAGUUCUAUGACAUUCUGAUACAGUUUAGCCGUAUCCCUUUGUGGCUGGCCCUUUAAGAGGUGGGGUCUAGUGGGAGGUCCUGUGGUGCUCCCAGAGGAUGGAGGUCUUUCUGAGCUCUGAAAAGACUGUUAGAAAGGCAGCAAACCUUCUGUCCCUUCUGCUGGUCUAACGUGUAAUCACUUGCUCACUCCUGAUGCAUUUUACCCAUUGCUAUUGGUAUGAGGAAGGAGGAACCUCUGGCAUAGAAUCUGUACUAAUCGUUUAAUUUUGAAAUUUCAAAACUAUAAGUUAAAUAAAUCUUAUUAAGUA